AUGCGCACCGGCGCCGCUCUCUUCAUAGGCCUGUCGAGCUGCGUCGCCAGCACGGCUGCGUUCCCCCGCAUCCGCAUAUUCAACUCCGCCCGGGACGCCGCGCUCGCCGCCGCGGUCAACGUCAAUCAAAAGGCUCCGUCGUACUCGGUCGUUCCCCUUGAGCCCGGGCCGACCACGCAGUCGGGAGGAGGGGAAACUGGCGGCAGCACCACGGGCGGGAGCAGUCCCACCUCGAGCGGCGGCGGCGGCGGCUCGCCGUCCUCGCAGAACGCCGCGACGGUGACGGUCACGGAGACUGUCACGCAGACACAAGGCGCGCCUGUGACGAAGUAUGUCACGGUGACAGCGGAGCCCCAAACGGUGACGGCUGACCCCGAGACGGUGACGGUGGCGACGUUUGUAACGAGCCUGCUCAACCAAACCCGUACGGUGACGGUGCCCUCAGUUGUUACAAGUACUUUGAGUGACACAAAGACGGUGACUGUCUCUACAACUGUCCUCGUCUCAACCACCGUCCUUGAGUCCAGGACUGCUGUGUCGGCCUCCCCCACGACGCUGGUUACUGUCACUACUGCCAGCAGCAACAGCUCGUCAACAACUUUCCAGACUACAACGCCCGUCACCUCCAGAGCGACCACUUCUGGGGACUACACCUCCACAGAAACCGCCGCCGUGUCUUCUCCUUCCAAAUCAUACGACACGAAGACUGCUCCCAUGGCGGAGUCGGCGGCGCAGUCCACCAGGGACUCGCUGACCGCAACUCCGUCGUCGUCGGCCACGCCAACGCGCAAGUUUAACGACGGCCAAUGGACUCACACCUUUGACAAUGGCCAGUGGCACCCUCCUUACCCCUCGACCAACGCCACCAGUCGACACCCCUAA